AUGCAGCAGCCAGGGGUUGUGCUUCAGUUUUUGGGCCAGAAGUUGUUCGUUGUGGUUGUGCUGUGCAUGAGUGGAGUGGUGUGCGCUAGUCGAUGUCAUUGUCAGCCUACCUCUCCCCUCUCCCCUCUCCUCUCUCCCCUCGCUGUGAUUCCUGCCUUCAUCUCACAUCCAUCCACUCGAGCACUCUCAAACACCUCAAACCAUCACGGCUUCAAACUCAACCAUGCCUGCUCAGGUCAACGUGCUCAUCAUCGGGGCCGGUCCCACAAAAACGAGUCAUAUUUGUUGGUCGAUGAGCAACCGGAAGCGGGCGGACUAGCGUCGACGGACGUGACCCACGAAGGCUUCUUAUUCGAUGUCGGAGGACAUGUGAUCUUCUCACAUUACCAGUAUUUUGAUGACAUGAUUCGGGAGGCUUUGCCCAACGACUCGGAUUGGUUAACACACCAACAGAUCUCAAACACAGAUCACCCGAUGAUUUUUGUCAUGAUUGGUGAUUGAUGAAACUCUUUCGGGUGUGGGUUGGAUGAUAGAAUAUGGGGGGGGGGGGUGUAUUGGAUGAUUGGAGGAAGAGAGUAUUGAGGAGAGAAGAGAAGAAAAGAGACGGAAAGGGAAAAGACAGUGGAGACGGGAACGGAGAGGGGAGCGGAGACCGGAGAGGAGAUUGGAGUGGAUAAGCGAGUGGAGACAGGAGCGGAUACCUUGAGCGGAGACAGGAGCGGAUAGGCAAGCGGAUUAGGGGCGCGGAGAACGGGAACCGGAAACAAGGCUUGCAAAACCAGCCAAAAUACAUCAUGGUCAUGUCUAGACAGCUAAAAGCUCUCAUUCUCUUGCUCCCAAGCCCAAACACCUCACCCUUUUCCCUUUAUGGGGCUCUCCUUUCAGCAACAUUGGCCAAAUUCUUCUCCAUGAAGGUUCUGGAAGAUAAUAU